GCCCAUGGCCUCCCCCGGGGCGGACGCCGUCCCGCGAGCGGCGGCGGGAGAAGCGGGCGGCAGCUGGACGCGCGCCGCAGCAAGGGCCGCGUGCGCCUGGGCGGCCACACGGAGCGCUGGUGCCGCCUCAAGGAGCGGCUGGGCUUCGCGCUGCACUCGCAGCUGGCCGCCUUCCUGCUGGACCGGUUUGCCUCUCCAGGCUGCGUCCUCUGUGCAGGUCCCCAGCCCGGGGCCGCACCAGGGCCUGCAGGGCCUGGUGCUCCUGUCGCACGCGCACAGCCGGGAAUGCAGCCUGGUGCCUGGGCUCCGGGGGCCCCGAGGCCGGGACGGGGGUCUCGUGUGGGAGUGCUCGGCGGGCCACACCUUCUACCUGGGAGCCCACAGUCCGCCCUGCGUCCCCGGAAGCGUCCACAGAGUCCACGCAGGCCCCCGGCCCCGCGCCCGGAGGCCAGGAGGCGCAGCAAGCCGGCAGGUUUGGGGUCUGAGCAAGAGAGAACUCAAGAAGCCAAACUGCCCAGGGGGGCAGGACCCCCAGCAGAGCCCGUCCCGUCCCCUGGAGAGGAACAAGAUGAGGAAGAUGAGGAUGAUGGAGAUGAAGAGGAGAUGCUCAGCGAUGCCAGCCCGUGGACCUACAGCUCCUCCCCAGAUGACAGUGAACCAGAUGUCGGCCGGCCACCCCCGCGCCCCUGCUGGCUCCCCGGCUGAGGCGCCGGAGGCUCUCCCCACUCCUCUUGCUGGCUGCUCUUCACCCGCACUCGCAGCCGGCUCCGGAGUUGAUGUGAGCAGGACCCCUCUGACAGCCGGGCAGACGGAGCCUCUGGCCAGCCCUGGGAGCCGGGCGCGGUCAGCCCCAGCCCGAGACCAGGACACUGCACAGAUUGGACCCAAGAGAAUUCGGAAAGCUGCCAGGAGAGAGCUGAUGCCUUGUGACUUCCCUGGCUGCGGAAGGAUCUUCUCCAACCGGCAGUAUCUGAAUCACCACAAGAAGUACCAGCACCUCCACCAGAAGUCCUUCUGCUGUCCGGAGCCGGCCUGCGGGAAGUCCUUCAACUUUAAGAAGCACCUGAAGGAGCACGUGAAGCUGCACAGUGACACCCGCGACUACAUCUGUGAGUUCUGUGCCCGGUCUUUUCGCACCAGCAGCAACCUCGUCAUCCACAGACGCAUCCACACCGGGGAGAAACCCCUGCAGUGUGAGAUCUGUGGGUUCACCUGCCGCCAGAAGGCCUCCCUGAACUGGCACCGGCGUAAGCAUGCAGAGACAGCAGCCACCUUGCGCUUCCCAUGCGACUUCUGCGGCAAGCGCUUCGAGAAGCCAGGCAGCGUUGCGGCUCACUGCAGCAAAAGCCACCCGGCGCUGCUCCCAGCUGCCCCAGAGUCACCCAACCGCUUGUGAGUCCUG